AUGUCUUCCAAGCUGGUCAUCAGGCAGCCUCAGCCUGUGAUGGAUUCCAGAGAAUCUGAUGAGUGGGGGUCUGGGAUAUGUGACUGCUGUGACGAUGUGCCUGGAUGCUGUUUUGCUUUUUGGUGCUGUCCCUGCUUCGCCUGUAUAACCACCAAGAAAUAUGGGCAGUGUCUCUGUCUUCCCCUCCUGGACAUCUUCGGCUGCAUCCCACCCAUCACCAUGUCCAUGAGGGUCUCCAUGCGGCAUCGUUAUGGCAUCAAAGGCACCAUGUGUAAGGACUGUGUAUACGCGACUUUCUGUGUAGCCUGCACCUGGUGUCAGAUGUCCAGAGAAAUGAAGAAAAGAAACCUCGAGAUUGUUCUGGUCGGCGCCAAAAACACAUGACCUCUCUCCUCACUCGU